AUGUCUUCCUCGAAAUCCCGUGCUCAGUCUUCCUCUGUUCGAGUUCCUCCAAAUUAUAUUACUAGGACUGGGAUUGAUAAGCACGCAAUAGAGGUCAGGAGCAGGCUCAAUCCUUUUUCUAAAAACAACUUGGAUGAGAAUGUCCUUCAUCUCUUCCAGAAUACCCUGGUCUUGGGUCCACACUGGUUUGGUUCUGUUCCUGUUGAAAUGGUGGACCUGUUCAAAGAUGACGUCGAAGCUCCCCUAUGUUUCGAAAGUUCUUCUGCUCUAGCUUCUCAUUCUUGGGUUAGCAAGAACUUGAGCCGUUCGUUCCCAUCUAGUGUAGUGAGAAAUAGUCCAGUCAAGUGGGCUGACUGGAUUGACAGCCUUCUUCCCCGGUUUGGGGCUCACUGGAAACGGGAUGGUAUUUAUGACGUCAUCCUCCUGUCUAAACAGUCCAUUAACAGGGAUGAAAAUCUCUUGGCUGCAGCUCUCUGCUUAUGGAAUUCUGCCAACAAUACCUUUGAUUUUCGUGUGGGCCCGAUGUCACCAACCGUGCUGGAUAUGGCUCAGAACUUUGGAUUCAGGCCCCAUGGAAGACUUGUUGAUGCCAUUGGGGAUUAUCAUCGAAGGAAGAACCAAGAAAAACUGUCCAAGCCUUUCACCGUUUCUUCAGCCGUGAUCAACCAGAACUGUUCUUUUUCCAAUUAUCUGAGAAAGUUCAAUGUUGAGAAGGACAAGGAUCAACAACACAUGUUGUUCCUCCUGUACUGGCUGAACAUGUUUGUUUUCCCAAAUCGUUCCUUAGCAGUUCUGCUUGAGUACAGACACUUGGCAGAGGCCUUACAUAAUCAUACUGACGUCGGACUUGGGCCUACUGUUCUGGCCCAUUUGUUCAAGAAUCUGCACACUGCCACCCUGGAGAAUCCUCUCAAUCUGUCUACCCCCGGUGCGUUAUGGAUGAUCCAAAUCUGGCUGCAAGUUUAUUUCCCGGAACUGAGGUUUUUGGAUAUAGUUCUACCUGAAGACCAAGUUCUGGCCCUACCUUUAAUGUUAGCAGAAGUGCCCAAGAGAUCGAUUGAUGAGUACCUGAUGUUCUUCAAACAUUGUACUAAGAGGUCUGCAGCGCAGUGGCAGGUGGUGAUUAGAAGGACAUACCCUUGGUUCCAGCCUAGAUACCGGCUUUUUGAGAAGGAACCGGAAGAGGAGGUAGCCAGAACUGACUUCAGGAAGAAGUUCCUGAGUGUUACCUUGCCCAAGGAUCUGCCUCAUGGAGGGCGAAAACCUCCAAAUUACCACUUGGGGGCAAAAUUCUAUCACCCUAAUUUCUGCGCAAGACAACUAGGCUGCCCCCAACUUAUUCUGCUUAAAUCAUACAGAAGCUGCAAUAGGGGUUCUUCUGGGAGGGAUGCAGAUGAUUUGGAGGUCCACAAGGAUGCAAGGUGUGCAGUAAAUGAGAUCAACAAUAGUGCAGAUGCCCUUUAUCCUUCAUGGGAACCGAAUUCCUGCAGUUCUGCCGAGUUUGAUGCUUGGUGGAAGGUUAGAUUCGGUGAUCUGCCUGCUUCUAGUACCACACUUCAUGUCCUUUUUAAGGAUCCUUCUUUGACAAAGAAUAUUGGCAGCCAAUCUGCCCAGAGUGGAGAGGUGUUUGUCAACUCUGUUAUUGCUGCUGGGGAUCUGGAGCUGCCUUCCGGGGAUGGAGAAGAAGAAGAAGAUCAGGCAGAACAGACUCAUGUUGAGGCCACUUCUUCUGUUAGAAGAAAGAGAAAAGAAACUGCCCAACUUGUGACUCCAGCUGGAAGUCCCUCUCCUCCCCCUACUAAGUCAAAAAGACUUAGAAAGAGGAUUGUAGAAGAAUAUGUGGCCCCGGAGGGGACUGGAGCAGUUCCCACUACUACUUCUGACACAGAUGAAGAGCUGAGAGAAGGAGCUGGAAGAGCUGGAAGAAGUAGGAGAGGGGCCUCAGGAGAAGGCCAAGACAGUGGAAGAAGAGGAGGAAAUCCCUGUCGAGGUGAUAGCAGAGAGCAUUGCCUUGGCUCAGGAGCAUUGCCUUGGUUCAUCUAG